AUGGGGCGUCAGCUGCACGUUGACAUGAUGGCACGAGACACGGACAAUGGAGCUGUCACAGAGGCAUUCGCAGUGACCAACGGAGUGAAGCAGGACUGCGUCCUCGCGCCUCCCCCCUUCAGUCUCAUAUUCUCUGCAAUCCUGAUGGACGUCUACCAUGACGAACGUCCUGGGAUACGCAUCGCCUCCUCGAUCAGCGGUGAAUGCACUUUCAGUCGCGUGUAUCCACGAUCACCACUCAUGAACUUCUCUUCGCCGACGACUGCGCUCUAAACGUACCUCCGGAGGGGAAAUGCAAAGGGGCAUGGGUCUCUUCGCUGCCACCUGUGACAAAUUCGGCCUGACCAUCAACACGAAGAAGACGGUGGUUAUGCAUCAAUCACCACCCGGAGCUGUCUACGUCGCACCCAAAAUCAACGUGAACGACGGCUAACUGGAAGUCGUGGACAUCUUCACCUACCUGGUAACACGCUCCCCCCUAACACCAAAGUCGACGAUGAGGUUCCUAGCCGGAUUUCCAAAGCCAGAAAAGUCUUCGGCCGUCUGUAAAACACAGCGUGGAACCGUCACGGUCUCCAUCUCAACAUCAAACUAAAGAUGUACAGAGCAGUAAUCCUGUCGACGCUGCUGUAUGAGGCGGAGAUCUGGACGGUGUACAAGAUGCAAGCGCGGAGACUCAGUCAAUUCUACCUCAUGUGUCUUCGAUGCAUACUGAAGCUGAUAUGGCAGGUACGCAUCCCCGACACGAACCCCCAGCAACUAGGCCACACUGAAACAACUGCAACUGCAUUGGAGUGGCUACCUCGUGGAUGACCAACGAGCGGCUACCCAAACGUCUCUUCUACGGAGAUGUCGCGACAGGUUCCUGCCUCCACGGAGGCCUGAUCCGUCGCUACAGUGACACUCUGAAGACCUUCAUGAAGCGUUUACAGAUUGACCCGGCCAACUGGGAAGACCUCGACCGUGACCGACCUACGUGGAGGAAAACGGUGAAUACAGGCGCAGCGAUAUACGAAACCAACCGCAUAAUCGCUGCCAAACCCAAAGGGGAGGCUCGCAAAUCUCAACUGCGCCCACACCACACCGCCAAGACCCAACCGUCCUCAACGUGUGCAUGAUGUCGACGGACAUUCCGGGCUCCAAUUGGACUUCUUGGACACCUCUGAACCAACUGCAGUACCCGGACUGCACCAACCGCCGUCUUUAUGUCCACCUCACCCUCGCUUCCCACGUCGUCAACUAACGUUGAUUGUCCUCCCGAACCACCACUGCCAUCCUCCUCCUCCGCCGUUGUCCCAAAGUCUGGUGCUGUGGCGUCUGCCAUGCCUAUCAACAUUAUGCACACAAUCCCGACACACAAACAAACAGCAACACCACCACCGCCUGUCCUAAUUGCGAUCGCACCUUCACCCCACACAUCGGCCUGGUCGGUCAAUUAA